AACGAAGAACUCCAACGCGCUUCACCUCCAGGCCACACAAAGCACUAGAGUGCCACGCAAUUUCCCGCUUUAUUAGUCCAUAAAAAUAGAUUUUUUUAAACUUUCUGAGGGAAAUAAUAAUUUGUCGAUUCCAAUGUGCUUGAUUUGGCGUUAGGAUCGGAUUCGGUGUAAAUGCACAAUGCCUAAUUUCUGCGCGGCGCUAAACUGCUCCCGGAACAGCAGUCACUCGGUUCUGGCGUUCUUCAGGUUUCCACGGGAUCCAGAGAGAUGUAAGAAAUGGGUGGAAAACUGCAGUCGCUCAGACCUGAAAGACAAAACACCCGAUCAUCUGAACAAAUACCACCGACUUUGUGCCAGGCACUUUGAACCUAACUUGAUACAGAAAACUAGCCCUUUCAGGACUGUACUUAAGGACAGUGCAAUUCCAACUAUAUUUGAAAAUCCUUGCCGUAAACGGCAAAAUAAAGAGACAGAAAGUAGUGAUACCCCUCCAGCAAAGAAAGAUAAAUUGGAUGCCAAAGCUGAAACUACCAAAGAUACAAGUGAGGCAAAAUCCCAAGAGAUCAGUGAUACCAGCAAUGGUGAUGGGCCUCCCCAGGUUGACGAGGAAGCGCUGAACAAAGAGCAUCUCAAGUCUUUGUUCGACGUUGUCGUGAUGAUGGGCGUGCAAAACAUUCCUAUACACGGGCACUCCGACAAAGAUCCCCAAAGCAAAAGCUUCACUCCCAGCAACUUCCAGUCACUGUUGGAGUACCGCAUCAAUGCAGGUGAUGAAGCCCUCAGGAAGAAGUUUGAGAUGUCAGCCGUAAACUCUGAAUAUUGCACCAGCGCUCAGUUAGAGAAGAUGCUGGAAGUGAUCGAAAAGUGUACUCGUAAUGAGCUUUUAGCUGAGGUUAAAGAGAAGCGCUUCUUCUCUUUGGUUAUUGGCAACCAGGUUGAGGUCGAAGAUGAGAGCCACCUCCCAUUAUUUGUACGUUUUGUGGAUAAAAACAACUGCCUUCGAGAAGAUUUUGUCGGGUUUCUGCUUUUAGAAGGUGAUGUGGGGGCUAUUACCGAGAGGCUUAUUGCUGAAGUGACAGAGAAAUAUGACCUGGACAUGAAGCAUUGCAGAGGGCAGGCGUACUUUUGCUCAGGUGUGUCUGCUUUGAAGGUCAAAGCAGUGGUGGCCAGAAUAACCGAGUUAUACCCACUUGCGAUUCUCACACCUUGCUCUAAUAGCUCUUUAAACAUCUGCCUGGCUAAUAGUAUUACAUUCACAGGAGUUCAACUUGUCAUGUCUACGCUGAAAAAGUUGGAUGCGUUUUUCAGUAAAUCACCCUUACUGCAAAGUCAGUUGGAGAAUGCCAUUUCUAUCUACUACCAGGGAAAUGACGAGAAAGCCACUGUCCUUAAAGAAGCAUGCAACUCUAAAUGGACAGACCAGCAUGAUGCAUUUGAAAUAGCUGUUGACCUACUGGAGGCUCUCCUGCUUUGUAUGGAUAGCAUCCAUGACAAUGAAGAUCACAAAUGGAACGAUGAAGUAGCACACAAUGCCUUUGUCAUUUCCGAGGCAUUGGCCGAUUUCGAAUUUGUCAUGACGUUAGUCGUGCUAAAAAACACCCUUUCCUUCACCAGAGCCUUCGGUAAGAAUUUGCAAGGACAAACAAAUGAGGUUUUCUUUGCAUCUAGCAGUCUAACGGCAGUUCUGCAUUCAUUAAAUGAAGUUUUCGAGAAUAUUGAGGUCUAUCAUGAGUUCUGGUUUGAGGAAGCCGUCAGCCUGGCCGCAGCCCUUGAAAUACCGGUCAAGAUACCCAGGCUGUACUAUAGAAAACGGCCAGCAACUGGUGAAGAAGUCCAACCUGAGACCUACUAUAAAGAAAACGUUACCGUUCCAGUGGUCACCCAUGUCAUUCGAGAGCUAUCAGAUUUUUUCUCUGAAGACCAUUUGAGGGCCUUGAAGUCUUUAUCGAUUGUGCCUGCCAUCAUGGGGCAGCUGAAGUUUAACACUUCAGAGGAGACCAGUGCAGAGAUGUACAAAAAUGACCUGCCAAACCCCGACACCUUUCCUGCAGAGUUGCACUGCUGGAAGAUUAAAUGGAAACAUGGCACCAAAGAUGUUGUAAUGCCAACGACCAUCUAUGACACACUUCAGCUGUCUGAUGCUAAGUUUUUUCCCAAUGUGUGCGCUGUCCUGAAGAUCCUUUAUAGUCUGCCGGUCUUUGCCCUGACAAGUGAUAAAGGCACCCCAGCAGAUCUUCGCCUGAAAAAGUAUUUGGAAGAUACACCUGUCUACCACAGAAAUAAAACUAUGGCCCUGUUGCGUAUUAACUGUGGCAUCAAGCACGAUUUGGACCGCAUGGUGGAGACAUACUUGAAAAUGUUUCCAGACAUUGAACCAGCAGAGAAAGGCGAUUGAUUAUGUAGAUCAGACCAGUUCUGUAUAUGACAGUAUGAUGACGUUAAAUUAGCAGUAUAAUGUUCGCAACUAUAACUUUUUUACUUUAGCUUUUUAUGUACAGUGAUCAACUAUGAGCAGAACCUGUUUAACAUUGUGUAUAUAAAAGUUCACUCCCAGUUAAAUUUGCAUUGAUUUGAAAACAUUAAAAACUGGAUUCAUUACAGUAUUAUGAUUGCAUCUUGAUCAUUUUCUGUUAAUGUUUUGCAGUAUCUUUCCUGUAUGCAAAAAAAUGGCAUAACUCUGUAACUCUGGUUUCAUUCUAUAUUACAUUUAUUAAAAAUUUUGAAUGGUA